CGGAAGAGCAUUGCUCUAGAGGCCAGCAGUCGCGUUUGCAGGCUUCACCGCAAUUGCCAUGAGCCAGACGGGGUGAGCCUUGCAGAAGGCUGGAGUCGAAUAAGUCAACACUUUGGUCUUGGUACCCAGUUUUCGUCCACAACAGCCAGCCGUUCUCUGAAGUCCCCACCGCUCAAUCGCGACAGAGAGCCAUAAACAGGCCGAGCAGCGAUAGUUACUGCAGAUGUCACUUACCGUCGAUACUCUCCGGUCAGUAAGCUACCGCCAUGCUGUUGUCCUUUCCUACAGACACUUGUACAGAACGGCCUUGCGCACCGUGAGGUAUACCAAACCCGAACGAGUCAACGUGCGGAAUAUACUUCGAUCUGCUUUUCGAUCCGGAUCCUCAGAGGACUUCGGCCCUCAAAGGAUCAUCAAUACCAUUAGAUUCAUCGAUCGGGGCAAACAGCCAGGCACCACGGAGCGCAAGAUUUUGAAGAACUUGACACGAGUCAAUUUCUAUCGAGGCCCUUCAAUGGUGUGGAACCCACCGUUCUUCUCAAAGAAGAGAACCAACGCCGAUUACAAAUUCCGUUCAAUUCCUUACGUCCAUUUUGAUAACGCCCUACAUCUACUGAACGAAAGCUUGGAACUGUGCCUGCGAUGUUGAUGAAUCUGAUAUAGUCAUAAAUUAUUGGUAGAAAGCUAUUGACAAAAGAAAUAAACAAAAUAAAAAAAAAUCCAAAGCGGGCGAGCCACGGGUGGAAAUAGUGACCACAGGGACCUUUAUUUCGCGGUGCAAUGUCGCAUAUGGAGCACCUGGUUAUCGAUCAGACUCAAGCUGCUACAUCGGCUAAGAGUGAUCAGUUUCCACACACGCUUCGAGGGCUUUGAAUCCCGAUGGGAAGCGC